CUUCGUGGGCACUCCCCAGCCUCGUAGCAUCCCUAUGCAUUAAAAUCUCAUUAGUUUAACAUCUCACUGUAUGUGUGUGUGGUUGGUCUACAAAAGAGAAGGGGGCACCCAUUUUUCCUCAUAGCUUCAGUGUUUCACAUCCAAGAGGAGCUCUGGGGAUUUCAUCCAACCAAUGUCUAAGCCAAGGCUGGAAGGGAAGGUGGCCAUCAUCACCGGGGCGGCAAGCGGCAUCGGCGAGGCCGCUGCAAGGCUCUUCGCCUCCAAUGGAGCCACCGUCGUCAUCGCCGACAUCCAAGACGAGUUAGGCACCGCGGUCGCCGCCUCAAUCAGUCCCGGCAAAUGUAGCUACAAGCACUGCGACGUCACCGACGAGACGCAAGUCGAAGAGACGGUGAACCACGUCUUGCGUACCCACGGCCGGCUGGAUAUUAUGUUCAGCAAUGCCGGAGUCCUGGGCACGGCGACACCCAUCCUGGACGCGGACAUGGGCGAGCUUGAUCGGGUCAUGGCGGUGAACGUCCGAGGUACGGCGGCGGCCGUGAAGCACUCCGCGCGCGCGAUGGUGGCUCGUGGGACGCGAGGAUCCAUAAUAUGUACUGCGAGCGUUGCGUCGUGCCGGGGUGGGCUCGCGCCCGCGGCGUACACUGCGUCGAAGCAUGCGGUGCUGGGGUUGGUCCGGGCGGCGGCCGGCGAGCUCGGGCAGCACGGGAUCCGGGUGAAUUGCCUGUCGCCUUUCGGCGUGGCCACACCCUUGGCUUGUGGGCUCAACGGCAUGAGCCUGAGUAAGGUUGAGGACCUUUGCUGCGCCAUGGCUAACUUGAAGGGAGUGGUGCUCAAGACCAGCCAUGUUGCCGAGGCAGCGUUAUUUCUGGCGUCCGAUGAGUCGGUGUUCAUCAGCGGACAUAAUUUAGUCGUUGAUGGAGGAACCACGGCUGUUAAUUCGAGUCUUCAACAGCUAGAUUGAGGACUGGAGGGGAUGGAGAUGUCUUGGAUUCUAAAAGCCGCUUUUACUUUUCUAAAGAGAAUUUACCCUUGACAAUCUUGUUGUGGAUUAGAAUGUGAUGAGCAGAGCAGUCUAUUUGUUUGAUGCUAAUUAAUUGCUCAUCGAUCAUAAAACGUAACUUUUCAGAGCA